AUGAAGCCAAGAAAUGGCUUCUCGAGUAGCUGCAAAAUUCAUCCACCAUUCCUAAAAAUAAUUAUACCAGCACAGCAAGCCCGACCAGCCCCACCUUUAGGACCACAGCUAGGUAAACGAAACGUAAACAUCGCUAAUUUCUGUAAAGAUUUCAAUGAAAGAACGAAAGAUGUUUUAGAAGGAACUCCAAUGCCGUGUUUUAUAUCUGUCAAGCCCGAUCGAUCAUACGACUUAGUCAUCAGUCAUCCGUCAUCUAUGCAUUUGCUAAGAAUGGCUGCAGCAGCUAAGAAAGGUGCUUCCUCUCCAGGUACUGAAGUGUGUGGACGUCUUUCUCUUAAACAUAUUUAUCACAUUGCUCAGCUUAAAAAACAAGAUCCACAUUUAUUUACAGCGGAUUUGCAAGAUAUUUGUAAAAUGUUAAUUGGUACAGCACAUCGUUUGGGUAUUGAGAUUGUAACACAAGAUGACAUCAAAUCUGGAAAAGUUGACUACACACCCAGUGGAUAUGCGAAUUUCCUCCAAGAUCGUGAAGCAUAUCUCAAACAGAAAAAACUAGAGACGGAAACUGCCAAACAAAGCAAAAUGAUGAGAUUGUAA